ACGCGCAUGCGUGGACCGAUCGGGUGAUAAAGCAAGAUGGCGUCUGACGGAGAAGUCCUAAACGCGGGCAUUAUAUUUCUGUAUUCUUACAUAUAUGUUGUUUAAUAGAGUACACACGGUUAAUAAUUGUUUGUAGUCGGAUGCAUUUUGACACUUCUCCUGUUUAAUAGCUUCAUUCAAGGUAGCUUGCAGCUAGUUUAGCUGGCUAGUUAGCUUAGCUUGUUAGCUGCUAACAAAGAGACGCGGAAGUUAUUUAAACAUCGCUAAGUAGGGAACUAAUGUGAGUGUAAAGUGUUGUGAUUGUGUGAAAAUGUGCGAAAGAACGUCAGCAAUGUAUGAAAAGGAACUGUGUCCAACAAAAGAGGAGAAGGAGCGACAACAUCAACUACUGGAUGUUUAUUAUAAGAAACAUCAUCAAGUUGUGUUACACAGAACAGACGGCUGUGAAGAACAACUUCUGCCUGAAAAACAGGAGUGUAGCUUCAGGACGGUGAAGGAUGAUCCAUCAAAGAGGAAAACCAGGUGUCACGGACCCUCUGGCGUCUCCUUUUCUUCUUUGACACAGACCCUUCCCUGUAAAAAGGAAGAGGAAGACUCACUGAUGCCCCACUUUAAAGAGGAAGAGGAGGAACACAGCAUCAGUCAGGAGGGAGAUCAUCUUGAAGGACUGGUGGAGUUCCCAGUGACUGGUGUCCCUGUGAAGAGUGAAGAUGAUGAGGUCAAAGGUGAAAGUGAGGAGAAGAGAGAGGCGGAGCCUCCAAGCAGCAGCUCAACACAACGCAUGACAACAGAAGCUGAUGGAGACCACUGUGGAGGAUCACAAGCAGACAAGCUCUUAGCUCCACUAUCAGAUAGUGAGGACACAACGUCACACUCUCCUGACACUGAUGAUGAAGACUCUAAAGAUGAUAAGACAUGUCACACUGACAACACUCACUUCACAUGUUCUCACUGUGACAAAUCAUUUAAAUACCAUUGUCGUCUAAAAGCACACAUGAUAACACACACUGAAGAAAAACCUUUUUCCUGUUCAACCUGUGGAAGAGGUUUUACACGAAGUCAGAGUUUGAAAUUACACAGGAUAAUACACACUGAAGAAAAACCUUUUAUAUGUUUAAUCUGUAAUAAAGGUUUUGUCGUAAGUAACCAUCUGAAAGUGCACAUGAGAACACACACUGGUGAAAAACCUUUUAUCUGUUCAAUCUGUGGUAAAGGUUUUGUACAAAAUAACAAUUUGAAAGUACACAUUAGAACACACACUGGUGAAAAACAUUUUAUCUGUUCAGUCUGUGGUAAACGUUUUGUUCGAAGUCACAAUUUGAAAGUGCACAUGAAAACACACACUGGUGAAAAUACGGUUUCCUGUUCAACCUGUGGUAAAGGUUUUACACAAAGUCAGAAUUUGAAAGUACACAUGAGAAUGCACACUGGUGAAAAACCUUUUUCCUGUUCAAUUUGUGGUAAAGGUUUUACACAUGGUCAACAUUUGAAAGAACACACGAGAACGCACACUGGCGAAAAAACUUUUUCCUGUUCAAUCUGUGGUAAACGUUUUACAGAAAGUCAACAUUUGAAAAGACACACUAGAACACACACUGGUGAAAAAUUGCAUUCCUGUUCAAUCUGCAACAAAAGCUUUUGUGAACGAUCAACACUUUUAAGACACAUGAGAACACACCCAGAAGAGAAAGUGUUGAGUUGCAGUGUGUGUGGUGAACGAUUCUCUUAUAAGUACCAGUGUAAGAAACACAAGUGUGCUGGUGAGAUCAGGAGCAGCAAAUGAAACUGCAGGAUUUGAAAUAAACUGUCAAGACUUUAAUUUUGACUUUCUAACAACAUCAGCACAUAUAACAUGUGACAUUGUUGUGCUUUUGCCAGUCAAGUACAUGCAUUAAUAUGCAACAUUGUGUACUUUUAUUAAAAAUUGAGCAGAACAAUUUAACUGAAAAGGUGGGCGUAAUCAGUAUAAGACAUUUUAUAAAUAAAAUAAACAUUUUAUGUGUAUAUAUAUAUUCAUCAUACAAUUUCAGACUUAUUCAUAAUGAUGUUUUUUUAUAGGUGUUUGAAAUAUUGAAGUGUUCCAUAUUUUUUUCAAAUUUUUUAUAAUCCCAUAGAUUAGCACUUUUUAUAUGAUAUAGAUAUGUACUGGUUGUCUGUCUAUCUGUGUUGGCCCUGCGAUGAGGUGGUGACUUGUCCAGGGUGUACCCCGCCUUCCGCCCGAUUGUAGCUGAGAUAGGCGCCAGCUCCCCCCGCGACCCCAAAAGGGAAUAAGCGGUAGAAAUGGAUGGAUGGAUGGAUGGUUCACAUCUGAAACAUUUUCUGGACAACUUCAGGGAGCAUAUUAUUAUUUAUUUUACACAUCAUUUGAACAAUUGUCUUAUACAAUUUUAAAAUAUGUGACUUUUUGAAUUAUUUGUUGGGUCUCUAUAAUCCAUUUUAUUAAUUAUCUUUAUUAAUAUAUUUUGUAAUAUGAUGAUUAUGUUGUGAUUGUUUUAUAUGUAUGUCCCCAGACCUUUAUUCAAUAUAAAAGUGAGAGAAAAUGGCUGAAUUGUUUGUGGAAGGAUUUUUUUGUUUUUAUAAACUUACAUAUUUGGUUAAAAUAAAAUAAAUAAAAAUCCAUUAUUGUUUUUAAAA